GUUAGGAAAAUGCUUUAUGGUAUAGAGGAAACACCUCCCUUCCUUAUUAUGUUGCCAGUGGCAUUCCAGCAUCUGGUAUUCUGUUUUGGCUCCAUGCUCAGUAUCACCUUCAUCGUCGCCGAUUCUGUUUGUGCUCCUGUGACGGAUCCGAUCAGGUCACAACUCUUCUGUUCCUCUCUGUUUAUGGUCGGCCUGACAACCACGAUACAAGUCCUACUGGGAGUGAGACUACCAAUAUUCCAAGGACCGUCUCAAACCUUUCUGUUUCCAUUGAUUGUCGUUUGGAAAUGCCCACAGCACCUACUCACCCAGAGCGUCUGGUCUAACGUCAGUCUUACAACUACCAACACGACCCUCUUACCUAACAUCACUAACAGUAAGGGAUACACUAACCUCACUAAUAUAACGAUGACAUCACUUAUCAACGGAAGUAUUGCCUUGGGGGACUCGGAAAGGCAGAAACUUGUUUACUCCCGGAUAAACGAGCUACAGGGAUCUCUUAUGUUAGCGUCGUUGGUAGAGGUCCUUCUAGGGGUCACAGGUUUGAUGGGAACCCUGCUGAGAUUUGUCAGCCCAAUAUCCAUAUCAGUAACGAUAACUCUUGUUGGAAUAUCACUGCAUCCAAUUCCGGCCAUGUACAGUAGCUGUUACUGGCCUAUCGCCCUCCUAUGCGCUGGCCUAAUGAUGCUGUUCGCCUUCUAUCUGUCCCAUGUACGGGUGCCCCUCCCCCGACAGAGCUGCUGCCGUCGUCAGACUACUACCGCACUAGGAACCAAGAUUCCAGUCUUUGAUAUCAUGUCUAUUCCCCUCAGUGUGGCAGUGUGCUGGGUUUUGUGUUUUAUCCUCACAAUGGCGGAUUUCUUUCCCGAUGAUCCCAGUGACCCAAAAUAUCGCGCAAGAACAGAUGCACGUGGGGAUAUCAUCCGGGCAACGCCCUGGUUUUUCUUACCUUACCCAGGACAAUUUGGAUACCCUAAAAUCAACGUCCCUAUAUUUCUUGGAUUUCUGUUUGCGUUUAUCGCAUCAGCCAUUGAAUCAGUCGGGGAUUAUUUUGCUGUCGCGGAAUCAUGCAAUGCCGAACCACCGCCAACACACGCCAUCAAUAGAGGUAUCCUGACUGAGGGACUGCUGAGUCUGCUGUCUGGAGCUGUGGGUACAGGGCACGCUACCUCCACCUACAGUGUAUCGGCUGCUAUCCCGGGCAUUACUAAGGUGGGUAGUCGUUACGUACUAGUAUUGGCGGGAAUACUUGCAAUGUUGAUGGGCGUGGUUGGAAAAAUGGGCGCUGUCAUGUCGUCAAUACCGGAACCGGUUGUGGGAGGAGUCUCUUUGGUCGGGUUUGGUAUCAUUGUCGGGAUAGGCGUGUCUGCCCUCCGUACCGUGGAUCUGACGUCAUCAAGGAAUCUGUCGAUUAUAGGAACAUCUAUAUUUGGUGCGAUUGUAAUAUCGGAUUGGCUAGAAAGCAACAAAGGGGCCAUUGAUACAGGAUCAGAACAAUGGAAUAAUAUUGUAGAUCUGGUAUUGGGUACUCCAAUGAUGGUAGGCUGCAUCAUCUCAAUCUUCCUGGAUAACACUGUCCGAGGAACUGAUAUGGAGCGAGGACUAACAACCUCCAGAGAAAUGUCACCAUUCCAUUCAGUAAGUGACAUUAUACAGACGAGUAAGGACCUAGGACGUAUGAACUCUCAGACAGAAGAACUUCUGGACAAAGGACGGCGUCAGUGUAAUGGCAGAGAUGAGACUAUUGAUAUUUACAAUCUGCCUCUGAUCGGUAGACUACAGAGAAGAAUAACAUGUCUUCGAUACGUUCCAUUUUUUCAGCCCUACUACCAAACACAUGAUACGAUACAAUCUAACAGCACAGAAAAAGUUUAAAUUACAGAAGUAUAGGGAAAAGUCUUCUUAACAUCUUCUAUAACACUGUAUAUUGGCAAAAUUUUCCCGCAGUUUAAUUUUCGCCUUUUUCGAUGUACGUAAUGAAAACAAAUUUACCAUUUAAGCAAAUAUUACUACGACAAUAUAUAUCUAUUGUUAAGGAAAUGUGAAGAUAAAAAUUGAUUUUAAUGACGAAGGAAAAACUUUGACACAGCGAAAGUUUCCCGGUAUACCGUAUUUGGUGCAACUAUGCUAUUUAACGUACCAUUCGUUUGCUGGCUAUGUAAAUAAAGUGUACAGUUUAUGGUACGUAAGUUAGCUAUUUAUGUGUAAGCUUUGUUUAUAAGGGCUGCGUGUCAAGUUGAUUAUUUUACGCGAAUUUUGUAAGACAGUCACAUUUGUAUCUUGAGAAGUCGAUUAAGCGAAUGGGGAAGCUUUAAAAAAAAACAUGUCAUGUUCAAAAAGACUUAAAUGUAAGUAUCAUUGGUACAUACACGUACCUCCGAAAACACGUAUUUAUAUUUCAUUACAAUAAUACAAGAUGUGUCAAUAUGUUUGUGAGCAUGUAAUGUACUGUUCGCCUUUAACGUAAAUUGUAAAUUGUAUGAAUAAUCCGGAUUAACUAGUUUAUAAUUGUUUAGCAUAAAAUGUGAUUAUUUCAACAAAACAGACAUGGGUAUAUACUUUAUCAUUAUUAUAAACAUAUUCAGUAGAUAAACACUGCAAUUAUAACGUCUACAUUAUCACUGUAUGUGUGAACUGGCAAGUCAACUAUGAGUUUCAAUCCAGAGAGUUACAAAAUAUAUAAACAUAUUAAGUUAUUCAUUUGUGCAAUGCAGUAAUGCAAAUGGAUCCUGAUAUAACGUGCGUCU